UCUCUUUUUCAGUGUGAGUCCCCGUCCGGCUGUGUGCAACGCUUAUUUAUUUUACCUUUCGGUUGGUUGUUUUGCCACGUUUGGAGAAUUUUCCGCCGGAUUUCAACUCACUUUUCCGAGGUUUCUUGUAUUGUAUCGGAGCAGUGGCAGCAGCUCUUUCGGCUGUGCUAGGCCUACCGUCGACCUCAAAAGCACUUAUGGACUUUGAGAAAACAGUCUAAACUGUCUUCUGAAUAGUGUGAAUGGAGCAGUGUGCGAGUACGGCCUCUCUGCUGGCCUCUGUGCGGGAGCAGGAGAGGCAGUUUGAGAUGCUGAGUCGAGCCCUGGAGGAGGAGCGCAGGUCGUGUGCUGGCACCCUGCCCCGCCCCCUCCCCAACAUGCAGAACGGGCGCAUUCCUGAUGCAGGCCUAGAACGGCUGACUCUGAACGAGGGUUACAUCAACGGGACACAUCACUUCAUGAUGGAGCCGGGUCAGCUGGUGCAAGAGUCCUUUAGCUUGGAGGAGCAGCCCCCAGAGCCACCCGUCAUCACUGUGGAGACUGGAGAGGAUGGGACCACGCGCCGCACAGAAACCAAUGUAAAGAAAGUAAUAAAGACCACUACCACGCGCACAGUCAUCCCCUCUGUGUCGGACACCAUGUCUCUGGACGGAGGUGGCUCAGUGACAGGGAUGGGCUACACCACUCCUUACAGGCCACCACCAGGAGGGCCGAUUGACUACCCCACUCACACUGUACCUCGCAACUACCACUACGGACCACCAGGGGGCUACGACGACUACAGAGGAGGACCCCCGUCUGACACCUAUGCUAGCCUUACCCGAGGGGCCCGCAUUGAUGAUCGCUACAGGCCAGUUCAUCCAGAUGGUUACAGGACAUUAGAUCCAAACUACAGAGCCCAGAGCAGAGGCCAGCUGGACCCCUAUGCAGCCCAGCCACAGGUUGGACGUGGCAGUGCAAUGGAGCUAUCGUCCAUCCCUCGGUUUGUCCCUGAGCCCUACGGUUUAGAGGACGACCAGCGCAGCAUGGGGUCUUAUGAGCCCGACUAUGGCAUGGGACAUCCUAUGCACUACAGCACAGUGCCCCGCAACCACCACCCCUUCCCCCACGCCCCGCCUCGACGAGCAGGGAGUUAUGAGGGCACUUUAGACGGCGAUAUGAGUGGUCCUGCAGACAUGUACUACUGGGGGGGUGCUCCUUUGGCUCAAGGCGAGAGGGGCAGUAUGGCUUCUCUCGACAGCACCCUGAGGAAACCCCCUGGGCCCGGCGGCUGGCGUCAACCGGAGCUACCAGAGGUCAUCGCUAUGCUCAACUACAGGCUAGACCCGGUCAGGAGCAAUGCAGCCGCUUACCUACAGCAUCUCACCUACAAGAAUGAUAAGGUGAAAACUGAUGUACGUCGUCUCAAAGGCAUCCCAGCACUGGUCUCGAUGCUUGACAACCCAAACAGAGAGGUUCACUAUGCAGCCUGUGGAGCACUAAAGAACAUUUCUUAUGGCAAAGACCCAGACAACAAGAUCGCCAUAAAAAACUGUGAUGGUGUCCCUGCACUGAUCCGACUGCUGCGAAAAACCCGCGACCAGGAACUUACUGACUCCAUCACAGGGACACUGUGGAACCUGUCCUCACACGACUCAGUGAAGAUGGAGAUUGUGGACCAUGCGCUUCACGCUUUGGCUGAUGAGGUGUUGGUGCCUCACUCGGGCUGGGAGAGGGGAAGCAAUGGAGCUGGAGGGGGUGAGGAGAACUGCAAACCCCGGCAUCUGGAGUGGGAGACGGCCCUGACCAACACAGCCGGCUGCCUUAGAAACGUGAGUUCGGAGCGCAGUGAAGCGAGGAGGAAGUUGAGGGAAUGCACAGGGCUGGUGGACUCUCUCAUGUACAUUGUCCAGUCCCAGAUUGAUUGUAAAGAUGUUGAUAAUAAGUUGAUAGAGAACAGUGUGUGUCUGCUGAGGAACCUGUCCUAUCAGGUGCACCGUGAGAUCCCCGGUGCUGAGCGCUACCAGGAGGUCACGCCUCUCACCCAAGGCUCCUCCGGCCAAAAGGGCGGGUGUUUCAGCUCCCGAAAAAGCAAAGAUGAGUGGUUUUCUAAAGGUAAGAAAGAUGAAAAUAUUGCAGAGGACACUGUAGACAUCCCAAAAAGGACAACUCCAGCCAAAGGCUAUGAGCUCUUAUACCAGCCUGAGGUGGUCCGGAUCUACACAUCUCUCCUGAAAGAAUCAAAAAACCCAACUGUGUUGGAGGCUUCAGCCGGAGCUGUUCAAAACCUGUGUGCUGGGCGCUGGACUUAUGGCAGAUAUAUCCGUGGUGUUCUGCGUAAAGAGCAAGGGCUGUCCAUGAUGACACAGCUUUUGGCCCAUGGCAACGACCGUGUGGUCCGAGCCAUGUCUGGAGCCUUGCGCAACCUGGCCAUUGACCCACGAAACAGGGAGUUAUUAGGUCAACAUGCAGUGCCUCACCUGGUGGCCAACCUGCCUGGAGGUGGUCAGAGCCAGCCGGUCAGAGUUCUGUCUGAGGAGACUGUGGUGUCUGUACUGAGCACGCUCCAUGAGGUCCUGGGCUCUAGUUUAGAGGCAGCCAAGAUUCUGAGAGCGUCACAGGGAAUAGAGAGACUUGUACUCAUCAACAAAGACGGUAACCGUUCAGAGCGUGAGGUGCGGGGGGCCGGCCUAGUGCUGCAGACUGUGUGGGGAUACAAGGAGCUGCGACGGGCCCUGGAGAAGGACGGCUGGAAGAAGACUGACUUCAUGGUGAAUCUGAACCACGUCAACCCCCCCAGCAGCACCCGCGCCAACGGAGGCUACGAGGAAAGCACUCAGCCGCUCAUAGAUAAAGGGGCCAAAGGGGACAGAGAAAUGAUUCCAAUGAAUGACUUGGGACCAGAUGCCUACUCCACACUGGAUCAGAAAGGGAGAAAGAACACUCUGGAUGACACACUCGAACCUGCUGACAAAGAUGCGGUCCAGGGAGGGAUGUAUGAGAGACAAGCCUCUUUGCCUCUCUUGGAUUCUUACGAUGGUUAGGCCACACCCACUGUUCACUGCAUGUCCCGCAUGAAAAACUGAUCGUGUGCAUCACCAGACGACAGCCUCCUCCCACCUACUGCCCUUGCUGAAUAAAAUGGAGGACCACUUCUAAACCAAUGACUCUUGAUCUCCAUUUGUGCAUCUGAUCUUCUGUCUUUCCUCAAAAUCUAUCACAAAAUUGCUUCUCUCUUCCUCCUCCUCCUCCUCCUACCAUUUACAUUCCUCCUCCGUUGUGGCUCUCCUGUGGAUAACUGGACAUUAACUAAAAAAAAAAAGACACUUUAUUCUUAGCUUCUUCAACAUGCAACAAACACUAUGGAAAAACACUAAAUGUAAAGAAAGACAUCUUUGCUGAACUUUAUUUUGUUUAAGCAUUGUCUAAUUACAACAAACUAUGGGAUCCAAAUGGGACACUUUCUUUGCUGGUAAUCUAGAGGAAUACAUAUUACUGUUUUGGAAGAGAAAAAAAAUGAGGGAAUGUGUAUUUUUCUGUAAUGUUUAAACUAAAUAGUUCCUGACAAAAAAAUGAUCUUCAUUAAUCUCCUAAUCUCAAACUUGUGCUACUUUAUUAUUCAGUUGUGGUUCUCUUGCUUUUCGCACUGUACCAAUUUUUUGUACAUGUGCCAAAAUGUUCCUGCUACUGCCGCAUCUGCCAAUACAAAUGCAUUAAUAUUUUGAAUUUAUAUAAUGCUCACAGCCUUUACAAAUAUGCAUAUUUGAUUCACUUUACCAAAAUGCAUGAAAUUGCUGCAUUUUAUGGUCAUGAAUGUCGCCUGUAGAUUCAGAUGGUCCUAAGCUAACUCAUUUUUUUUGUCAAGUUCACAACAAUUAGUAAAAUUUUAUGGAAAAGUACAAUUUUAGUAGUUACAUUUACAAAUUAAACCUCAUGCAUAUCUAAGCAGGCAUUGAACAAGAAUAAGACAAAAUGGCCCAACCUCUUACAAUGUAAAAAGAUCCACACAAAAUGUGAAAUAUUUUAAUUGAGAUUAAAUAUGUAUAUUCGGUUAAUCAGAUAUCGAAUAGGUUAUUCAUAUAUUUCAGAUUGAUGAAAAAUGUGCACUGUUGCCGUUACAGUUAACAAUUCAAAACAAAAUAUUAAAAGACUGAACCCAUUAAUAUUUGGUUUUCACAAAUUAAACAACAAUUUUAAUAUAUUAUUCUGUGUAUUCUCACAUCUACUGCUUAGAGUACUUAGAAUUUAAAAUUUUCAUUGCUUAACUUUUUAUAUUGCCUGCUUGUUUCCAUGAAGAUGUUACUGCUACGUAGUAUGGCAUUAAACAUAUCCAAAUUAAUAUUUCAUCCAUUAGAGGUGUUUUCCUCCUUAUAAAUGCCUUUUUAAUACAUACAUUCUUACUGUGAGCGGGGAUUCCUCUACACAGAUCUGACCUGCAACUUGGCCAGUUGGCAUCAUUUGCUUGUCGCCAUGGAGAUGAAUAAGUUCAGUGCCAAACUGUGGAACAUUCUAGGCAAAGCAAUAACAUUUCCACAGAGAUGAACAAGUAGGUGGUGUACACUUACUCAGUUACUCAGAGCAUGUUUAAUCUAUCUAUUAAAAGAACUACUUUUCCAUGAUAUUUAAAUUAAUUGCUGGACUGUACAUGUAAUGAGUUUGUUGAAAAAUCCUUUAAUAGUUAACUAUUGUUGCAGUUAAUCUAUUCCCUGUAUGUUCCUUAACUUUGUAACAUUUGAGGGAUAUUGCUGCAGUGAGACUAAUGUUGUGGGGUCCUUUCUAACUUCAGGUCUAUAUUCGUAUUGAAUGUGUACAUAUAAAAUGUCGGUAACAGUGUCUUAAUAGUGGGCCAAUGGAGUGCCUCUGUGUCCUGCUUAACACUAUACAACGUAACUAAAAUCAAUGUCUUUUACUCGACUUGAUAUAAGUUGAGCUGAACUUUUCUACUCAAGAUAACGGUUAAUAUGUGAACUUAAUGUUACGUAUGAUUCUUGUGGGAUUGGCAUUUUAUAAGGUAUUAACCUCCACUGUUCAAACGUGUAGUUCAAACUCUACAAAAGCAGUGUUUUGUCUGCUAACCUUUGCUUUUCCUGUCAAAAAUAACCUAAUGCAAAUUGAGGUGUACAUAAUUACAUUAAGCAUAGGGGGUUAACCAUCUUUUCCAAUACAUUUUGUUGCUUUUUCUUGUAUUUGUUUCUUUAGCCAAUCCAAACACUACAAAGUUGCCUUUAAGAGUGGACUGACAAAGAGGACAUUUGGGGAGAGCAAGGGUUAGUUAAAUUAAUUGGUGUAAUUACGGAGGCAAAGACCAGAAUUUGCUAUAGUUAAAAUGGAGUAAAAAAUAAAAAUAAAAAAGCACAUUUAAACUAUAUAUACCAGAGAAUAUUUGUUAAUUUUAAUGCUUUUAUGUAUUUUUGUGUUUCUUUUUAUAUUGAUUUUUGGUUUAAUUUUUUUUGGGUGCUUUGGGUGAACGCAUAUGCAAUCAGUUGUAGUUUGAUUCAACAGUUUGUAUUAAUUAAAUGCAAAAAAAACUCUUUCAGCCUUCAACAUACUGGAAACACUAAUGACAAGAAAAUCUGAUUAUUGUUAUGCCUUGGCUCUUAAAGUUGCACAUCAUUUAUGAAUGAAACAUGUAACUAGCAAUACUGUUUUUAAUAAAAGAGAAAAUGAUUUUUCAAAUAA